AAUGAACCGAAAGAUUCGUAAAAAGUAUGAUAGGAAAGAGGCGAAACAUCUCGGCAUCGAGGAGCCGAUCAGGAAAACCAUGUUCGAUAUCGUCAUGGAAAAUUUGAGACUGGCUGGUAGAAAAACGUUUCUCCAUCGAUUCAUAUACGUCGGAAGGCACACUUUCAAAACCGAAGAGAGCGGUCUGGCCUUUUUCGAAAAAACCAUCAAUACCAACGGCAUCGAGCCGGUUACAGGUCUUUAUAUACAGUAUAAGAAUCAAUUUUUACACGUAAUCGAAACGGACGAAGGCAGCAUACUCAAGCAUCUGCAUUUAUUAUACUCCUCUCCAGAGUUAGAGGACGUACGAGACCUCAAGUUACUAGGCGAUCUCAACCACAUUAACGCUCGAUUAAACAUUUACUGGACCACAUUUAUCGGCGUUCCUAGAUUACUCGUCAACCCUCCUCAGAAAACCACCGAAGAAACACCAAGAGACGCAGCAAUUCAAGUAUUCAACUGCAUUAAUAAACUAAACCGGCUCGCCUAUAAGAUGUACGGCGACGGGAUAAGCGACAGCGCCAUGGCUUUGGAAGCCGGCACUCCCACAGAACAACGAUCCCAGGAUCUCAUUCGAGGGGAGAGCAACAUGGUGGAGGCGGCGUCGUCCACAAUGACCCAGAGAUCCUCUGUCCUCGGCGGAAUCAUGACCCCCUACAGGGACUUUUUGCCCGAGCGAGAGUUGCUGGAUUAUUUGAUAGACUCGCCCUACACGCAGGACCUCAAAACUUACAUGAACAUCGGCGGAAGAAUCGUGCCGGUUGUGGAGGACAGCGAUCUGGUUUGGCCGAUACCCAUGGAAAACGUCCAGUACGAUAUAUACAAAGACGGCGAUGAUACGGGGGCGAUGGUUACGUUGCAAGGGGGCCAGCAAGUGACUGUCAGCGAUAAGAUUGACGAUGAAGAAGAGGAAGAUGAUGAUAAUCUGUUGAAAUAAGUUUCAAAAAUCGAGGUGUGGUAAUUUUGUAAGGUUAUCGGUAGAGCUGAAAGAUGUGAUGUAUUGAACAUAGUAUUUAAAAAGGUAUGCAGUACAAUAGCAUUGAACCGAUUAAGCUGAAUCCAAAAUAAAUU